GCUGAAAGGUUGAGGAGGAAGAAGAAGAUAGAUAAGAGAAAAUCGUAGAAAAGCUCUGAGAAUGUUAUCUAUGGGCGUUGGGAUCGAGUGCCAGGCAACCCUGAGUGCCUCCACCGUCGUCAGGCCGAAGCUGCCUCACCUCCUCAAUAACAACACCUCUACAUUCAAGCCCAGGAGGACCACCUCUCCUUCUUCUUCCUUUUUCAUUUCCCACUCGCUGCCGCACCUCAAGCUCAGAACAGACUUCAAACUCUCCGCCGCCGCUGAAGCUCUAGUUGCCCAGGAAACCGCCGCCGAUGACGUCAGCCCUGCAGACGACGGCACAGAGAAGCUUGGAGUGGUUGUGAAGCCGAUGGAGAAACCAAGGCUUGUGUUGAAGUUCAUUUGGAUGGAAAAGAACAUUGGCAUUGCACUCGACCAAAUGAUUCCGGGCCAUGGUUCCAUCCCACUCAGCCCGUAUUACUUCUGGCCGAGGAAAGAUGCUUGGGAGGAGCUCAAGGUCUUGCUCGAGAGCAAGCCUUGGAUAUCUCAAAAGCAGAUGAUUAUUCUUCUCAAUCAGGCCACUGAUAUUAUCAAUUUGUGGCAGCAGAGUGGCGGCAAUUUGGCGUAAGCUUUGAUGCAAAUUUUUUUUCCCCCUGAAUUCUUAGGCACUGUGUGUUGUACUUGAGCCCCCUUGAAUGUUAGGAGUGCUGUUCAUGUAACAUGCUGAUUAGAGCUGUAUGACUACUUGUGUAUCACAUUCUGUCAUGUUGAAUGAGAUAUGAGUUCGUAAUUAUCUUUGAUAAUAUGGGGUGUAUUUGUGCUAUGACUGCUAUCCAUCAAGAAUUGAUUUAUGAUACAGCAAGUUUC